GCUCUUGUGCACUGCACGCUGUCUUCAAAGACUAGUCAAGCCUGCCGCAGGCCGGAUUGGAACGAAUUGGAAUUUUCUCCAUUUGUAUCCCGGCAAAGCAAUGACACGACACGACACGAGCACCAAUUGCUGACUUGGUGUCGGAGGCGAGAGAAUGGCGAAGUCAAGCUUACCAUAAAUAGCAAGCAGUGACGCCCAGCCCAACGUCGAUGAAGCUCAAGACUACUUGCAGAAACCAUUUUGGACGAGAAGCGGAGUCUUUUUCCAGUUUCGCCGAUCUGCAAGAAAGUUCCUGUAGGAAACAUGGCAGCUGUGGUUGGACGGGCAUGGAGGUGGGUGCGCUCCUGGGGUAGCAGUGCCCCGUCAGACAAAACUGACGCCUGGAAGCUAAGUGACGCCGCUACGAGAGAAGACCAAAAGACUCCAGGAGAGGAUGAGUACUGGGAAGCUCAGGAGAAGUUCCAACCUGGGGAAAUUGAAGAUCUACGUGCAGGGAAACAAGAAAUGGAGACAACUGUCGAACGUGUUCCGAGAUGGUGGAAUAAAUAUCUUCCGACAUCCUUUCUACCCUGGGCGAGGAAAACACAGCCGAGUCGACUCUCGAAAAAAACCCGUCACAUCAAGAGUGGCGAUGGAGACGUUGACGGGGACUUUUCAGACUACGGAACACCUCCUCCUUCCCCGACGCCACGUUCCCAGAUAGCGUCCCCCUUUCGUCUCUUUGUGCACAGCUUGAAUGUGGAAUUGUUUCCGGAGCACUACGAGAUCUGCUUCAACUUCCUCCGCCACCUGUUUGACCUGCUCGUGGUGGGAUUCCUGUGGAUUGUGUCGCCACCCGUCAAGCUGAUCUUGGAAAUGUUGGGGAUUCAGGGACCGCUGCGGCUUUGGCUACACGGCAUGGCCAUGUUUUUUGUGUCCACGGUGGGAAUGGCCGGACUGCUUUGGGUGAUCCAGGAGCAUCUCCCAGAGUUUGCGUUCAUCUACGGCAUUGUGCAAGCAUUAGUGAUCUCUGUCAGCCUGAAAAAGAGUGUCCUCCUUGGAUUGGAAGAAGAAAAAACAGCAGUGGAGGAGGAGAGCGGGCAAUCCGAGGUGACAGAUGAAGACAAGAAAGAAAUGCUUGAUGCAAGGGACAAAAUGAAGACAAGCUAAGCUUCUUGGUGGUGAUUCGAGCUGCUACCGGACAUCAUGAUGAGGUGUUGAACAUCGACGGAGCCAGAAGAGGGGAUUUUCUCGCACCACUCUCAAGCUGUUUGGCGUCAAAUUGUUAUUGCACAUUUAUUACGGACUUGCACACAUCUUAUUCAAGUUACUCAAUGGAUCCCAUCAUCUACCACUUCGGGAGACUGUUGCAUGUUCUUGAAAUGCCCCUUCAGCCAAAGAUUUGUGGGAUUCUUUGUUUGCAGUUUUGGCUCUUUUGUGUCUGCUUUCAUUUGUGUAUACUUUUUCAUGUGUAGCAAUGAGCCUGUGUCUCUCCUUUGGCUGUAUUUUAAAAAUUACAGCAGGUUCUGUCCAAAAAAAAGGAGAUUAACAAAUAUAAUGCACAAAGGGCACCGAAGUAAGAGCCACUAUGCCAGCAUAUGGAGACAACGUUUUUUUGCAGAAAGAAGCAGAUAAGCUGAAAGUUUGUCAUGGUCUGUUUUUUUUUUUUUUUUUUUUUUAAUAAAAGCCAUGACUUGCAAAGCCAGCCAGGAAACAAAUAUAUUCUCAACACAGCAUCAUAUCAGGCAGCAACAGAUCACAUGUAUCAAUUCAAAAGCUGAGGUUUGUCAACUUUUUUUUUUUUAAACUUCAGUGGAACCCCCAAAGUCCAAUGUACUCUGUUCAGUCUCGCUUGUUGACUUCCAGGUUGUUCCCAAUUGAAACCACAAGUUCCCAUAGGAACGUAAAGAGAAUUCAAAGUGUUGCUCAUAAAACCUUGCGUUGGCAGUGUUAAAGUGACUAAAUGCCAAAAUAGUGUAAAAACUAUUUAAACCAUGUAUAACUGAAAUAAAGUAAAACUACUCAGCCUUUGGAAAUGUGUGUCACCAACCAUUUGCUGAAAAACUCACCUUCUAAGAUGCCACAAAUUGGCGCCAAAGCCCUGUCGAAAUAGGAAAGGAGUACAGUAAUUGGUCCAGGGACAUUGAAGUGAUACUUUGUAUGUAGGGGAGGAGCUAAGUUUAGCCUGGGUUGUUCGUGGAAGUUCCGAAGAGUCUUGGCUGUGUGUGCAGGUACGCAUGCACUUAGGGCGCAUUUCCAAAACUGUAAAGUUAUUUCUUUUUUUAAUGGUAAUUUUGUAAGCUUAGUUUGAAAUUUAAACUGAUUUGGCACCCUACUUCAAUAUACAUAUCAGCAAUUCUAAACAUUUCUAGGUGGGGGCUUCAAUUAGUUUUCCCCUAUUCGCGGCAGGCAAAUAUUGGGGCAUAACUAUAGUGGUGUUUUAUUGAUAUUGCCGGAGUUAAGAGUUGUGUGCCAUUAAAAAAAACAACUAUAGAUAACGCAAAAGUCUUAAGAUGCUCAAUGGGCAAAACAUUCCGGCUCCAAAUUAUUCCACCUUGAGGGCGCUCGACUUCCGAGGUUCCACUGUAGUUUUAUCAACAUUGAGCCCCUCAUUAUGACACGAAACUUCCUCUUUUGGAAUGUUUUGAGUAUGUCAUCAGGCCGACUGUGUCACUGCUUCACAAAGAUGUGUCACCACCCUUAUGUUUGGCGUCUGUUACUGUGGUUACGGAGCUCCACUUUUCAUUGUAAUGUAUCUGUUCAAAUAACAUUUAUUUUGAUUGGUUCUGCUCAGCUACUCAUAAAAAAAAAAAAAAAAAAAAAAAGGGAA